AUGACAGUGAGCGAUCCAUCAGAGGAGAAAACAGUUGAUUUAGAAGAUAUAUUAUCAAAGUUCAGUAAAUCCGGUAGAUAUCACAUGCAAAUAGCAGCUUUAGUAUUUUUAUCACUCGCAACUAAUUCUAUUUAUACUUCAAAUUACAUUUUCGUUGCUGAGGAAGUAAAUUACAGGUGUACUAACUAUUCUCUUGGCGGUAACUCUAGCGGUGAUUGUAUAGAAUGGGUGUAUGAUAAGCCAGACUCGUUCGUAGCAGAAUUUCAGCUCGCAAAUCAAGAAUGGAAGAGAACUUUGAUUGGCACCGCACACAGUUUUGGAUAUAUGGUCGGUUUAUUUAUAGUGGGACCAAUGUCGGAUAGGUUGGGAAGAAAAACAAUGCUUAUUGUAACUGGUGUACUCGGUGGGGUAUUUGGCUUAGCUAGAAGUUUCUCGCCUUGGUACUGGUUGUAUGUUGCAUUUGAAUUCUUAGAAGCUGCUUUAGGUGAUUUAUGUUCUCCAGCAUUUAUUUUGAUUACAGAAGUUGUUUCAACAAAUCAAAGGAUUAAAUUCAUUUUCAUGUGCAGUCUUGGUUACAGUAUUGGAGGUUUCAUUCUUUCCUUAGCAGCAUGGCUUAUUCCAUACUGGAGAACAUUAUUACAAGUACUUUACGCGCCAGCGAUUCUUUUCUUUCUUUAUAAAUAUGCAUUAGAUGAAAGCCCUCGCUGGUUAUUGAUAAAAGGACAAUAUGAUAAAGCUGUAAAGAUACUUGAAAAGGCUGCCAAAAAAAAUAAGCUACAACUUGAUAAAAAAUCACUUGAAAAGCUUUCAUGCCAUAAUAAUAAAGACGCAGAACUAUUAGAUAUAAUUAAAUCCACUUUCAAAUCUAAACUGUUAAGAAGGAGAUUUUUUGUUUGUCUUGUAUGGUGGACAACUUCGACCUUUGUAACUUAUGGAUUAACAAUUAAUUCUGUAUCAUUACAAGGCAAUAAAUAUAUUAAUUAUGCAUUAUUAUCUGGUAUGGAUAUACCAGGCAUUUUCAUAAUUAGCUACAUACUCAUAUACUUCAAACGAAAACUGCCACUAGUAUGCUGUUUCUUCGCUGCAGCAGUACUUUGUGUUUCACAAUCGUUCGUGCCCUUGGAUUUGCCUGCGUUGUCAAUCUUUUUCUACAUGGCAGGAAAAAUGAUGUCAUCCUUUUACUUUAAUAUCACCUACUUGUAUACAUCUGAAUUAUUUCCUACUUACUCAAGAAAUUCAAUGCAUGCAAUUUGCUCAUCUCUGGGACGGAUUGGAUCUAUAAUUUCUCCGCAGACACCAUUACUAAUGCGGUACUGGUUUGGUCUGCCGUCACUUAUAUUUGGCUUAGCAUCAUUGUUCGCCGGACUAGUAACAUUUUUGGUGCCGGAUAUUUCAAAUGAUGUCUUACCUGAUACUAUUCGUGAAGCAGAAGAACUAGGUAAAACAAAGAACAUAGACCCGAAAAAAGUUAAGAUAUGA